CAUCUGAUCGCCUGUCAAAACUGUUCUCUGUGUAUACAUUUACAUGCGUCACAUCGGUAUCGGCAGGAUUGAAAACAGCAGGAUCAACAGGAAGAGCGCGUGCCAUCAAAUAUCCGAGCUUUUAACAUCAAGAUGUAUGCGAGAAGAUAGUAUCGUCGAGAAUGAACAAAAAUAUGAAUUCGCCAUCGAAACUCACGGAGUUCGCUCCGUUGAGUCCCGAGGAGAGUCAACCUGUCGUAGCGUCGAUCUUUUCAAAGUUCUUCAACUUCACUAGAAAUUCACCAAACACUAAUGAUUCUACUGUAUCUUCUAACAAUGAUGAACGUAGCUCCUCUGAUUCCGAAUCGUGGAAGCAAUCGGAGAGCACAGAACAAACACCCGACGAUGACAGCACUAGCAUGAUAAAUUUUCCAUUAGAUACCAGUGAGGGCCGUAGUUUGCCAAAUGUUCUGAAACGUAUCAGCAAUAUUGUGGCAUUGAAAAGUAAUAAUCUACGUUCGUACAAAGAUUCUCAGUUAAGGAGUUACUGGAUGCCCGACAGCGUGAGUAAACAAUGUUACGAGUGCGGUGAGAGAUUCACGACGUUUCGAAGGAAACACCACUGUCGAGUGUGCGGGCAAAUUUUCUGCUCAAAGUGUUGCUCUGAUCAGAUACCAGGGAAAAUCAUGGGAUGCACAGGAGACCUUAGAGUUUGUACAUAUUGCUGUAAAGUAGUUCUUUCUUAUCUGCAAUCGUCGGAUAUGAGAAGUGAUUUAUCAGCGGACUUGAAAGCGCUGCAGGAGGAUCUUCAAGUAAAAUACGGAAACGAUUCACCGCUGUUAACUCGAAAGCAUACGAACGAAUCGAUGGGCGACGAAACGUCGAUAUGCCGAAAGCCGAGUGUAGGAUACAUGGAGGAGAAUUACGCGACUGGACGAUCGGGCAAUAGUUAUCUAUCAUUGCACGAACGCUCGCUCGCGUUACAAAAUUCGGCCUCUUUAAGGAUGAUCUGGGAGGAAUUAUUCCGGUCUAGUCAAGCCAUACAAUUGCAAACGCAUAGAAUUCGAUUAAAAAGUUAUUACAAUUGUUUCUUAGCAAACGAACUGGUGAAUUGGAUGAUAGCUCAAAACAAAGCAGCCACUCGUGUGCAGGCAACUGCGAUAGGCCAGGCAUUGUUGGAAGCGGGCUUUAUCGAGCCGGUUAUUGGCGAUAACGUGUUCAGUGACACGGCGACCAUAUUUAGACCAGUACAAUUAUCCUCCUUGCAAAAUAUAGAUUUAUUAACCGAAAAACGGACGACAUGCGAUGCUCAAGAACCAGCAUGGGUAAAGACUAUUCCUCAGCAUGAUUCGACUACCGAUUCCGAGAGCGAGACCAAGCCGAUGAGCUCGCAAUCGCAAACUUUCGGCCGUUUGCCGUCGUCUAGUUCGAGUUUUUACUUGGAUUUAAAUUUAGAAGCGUCUACCGUCACGUUGAAAAGACCAACCUCGGAAGAUUUAACUGUAAUUUCCGUGGACAGCAGUGACGGCAUAAUCGAGCAAAAAGAAAUCAAUCUUAAACCGCACGACUGUAACCUUAAGAUAUGCGACGACUUGUUAAGCGACACGCUUCAAGUACACGAGUUCAAGGAAAAGAACGGUUGGCACAGAGCGACUAAUUUGAGAACAGCUUUCGGCGAGAUAAGCGCGUACGAGUGUUUGACGUCUGCGUAUAAAGCGCACGAAGAUUCUCUUAUUAAGCAAUUGCUUAGUAAGGAAGGCUUGUCGCAAACGUGGUCGAACACAAUUUUGUCCAUCGCACAUCAGAUAGUUGACCAUGUCAGGCCGGAUUUAAAUCACGAUGCUGACAAUUUGGACAUUCGACAGUACGUGCAAUUCAAAAAGUGUCCCGGCGGCAGCAGAGACGACUGCGAGAUCGUGUCCGGCGUGAUUUGCAGCAAGAAUAUCGCUCAUCGCGGCAUGAACGCCAUGAUCGCGCAUCCGAAGAUCUUAUUGUUGCAGUGCGGACUAAUGUAUCAACGCGUGGAGGGCAAAUUGAUAAGCUUGGAACCCGUAAUGCUGCAGGAGAGCGAGUACUUGGGACAUACGGUAGCGAGAAUCACCGCUCUAGGUCCGGAUGUGGUACUCGUGCAUCGCUCCGUAGCCAGAUUGGCUCAGGAUAAGCUGAGAGAAUGUGGCGUAACGUUAGUUUUGAACGUGAAGCUCAGCGUACUUAAAAGAGUGGCGCGAUGCACGGGCGCUAAUAUCGUAAACACUAUAGACGCGCACAUAAGCGCGAGAUAUAUGCUGGGCACGUGCAAGAAGUUUUAUUUAAGAAAUUUUCCUGACGAACGAAGAGGCAUCAAGACGCUGAUGUACUUUGAAGGCUGUGCAAAUCCGCAUCUGGGCGCGACGAUAUUACUGCGAGGCGGCUCGCAGACCGAAUUGAAGAAGGUGAAGAACGUUACGUCAAUGAUGAUCUUUGCAGCUUACUCGUGGCGUCUCGAAAAGUCAUUUCUCAUGGAUGAGUUCGCUAAACCGCCGUCGCCUAAGGACAAUUCGUUCCUAGAUGAAACAUCGCAGAAAGAUUCUUUAAGCGGCGAGGAGUCAAAGAAACUCGAAGAUCACGUGAUCGACGAACAUGCGAUGGAUGUGAAGAAACCAUCGAAACUAAAUCACGAUCAAGAAGCCGCACUCAGCGGUGAGCAGAGUGCACGAAAUAUUCAGUCAAAUAAUCCGAGCACGUCCGUAAAGGACGAGGAUACUCGUAGCUCCGAGAAUAUCUUAAGCGUGGACUCUCUGAGAGAAGUGUCGUCGAUGUUGUCCGAGGAUUCCGAUCCUUACGACACUUUAAAGUUAUUUAAGACGAAAUUGAAACCGUCUUUACAAGACGCGAAGGACGCAAUGCCAACAUCUUGCGAGAACGAUACAGCUAAUGAUGAUAAAUCCAAGGAUCAUUCUUCAGGUCUCGUUUCCGACGCCGCGGAGGAGCAUAACGAUAGCGCGACCUUGUUCACGAACAAGGAUGUCGACCAAAAGACCGAGGAACUCGAUAAGGCGAGAUUGAAGGACAAGAUAUCUUCUGAGGAAAAGCGCAUUUAUGGGGAAUCCAUAAGCGACCGGAGCGAUCCACUGCAUCAAUAUUUGAACGAAGAUGACGAGGACGUGUUCAAUCACACCAGUCCGAACGGUCAGCGUCUGAGUGUCGCCGAUUUCCCGCUGUUUAACAAGUUCAAGAAGGCGCUUCAGGACACCGUGCUGAGCGUGUCGCCGUAUCUGAAGUUCUCCAUUCCUUAUCUGGAGACCGAGAUCGGGCGGAACUGCGUGCUGCGGAGCUUCUUCCCGCGCGAGAUCUUCUACUCGACGCAAUUCCUCGACAAGGUCAAGGAGACCCGAACGAACAGCGUGGGCGUGAGCGAGCAGCUCGCGUCCGACAGUCGCGAGCGGACGAGCGUCAUGCUGAAGCUGCAGCAUCCGUUCGCGCAGAUACGCCUCACCACGGACGCCGAUAAUCGCGAGGUGCAGAGCCUUCUGGCGGAUUUCCGCGCGCGCGGAAGUCGACUCUACCCGACGCACAACGUGCUGCUGGAUAAGGCGCUGCAGUCGGCGGCAACAUCCGCCGAGAGCAACGAGCAGCAGCUGAUUCCUUCGUGGCCGGACUGCCUAGACCCCGCAAGCCAUCAGCGUUUGUCCGUGCUGUUCUGCAGCUUCUCGCAUACCGGAAACGACACACCGGCGUUCUGCGUGAAUCCCUGGGUGGUGAAUAUGACGAUGUACGGGCAGAAUGACAUCGCACUCGGCCGCUUCCUAGAGCGUUACUGCCUGACGACGGAGUACAAGUGUCCGGCGCGGGCCUGCCGCGCGCAGAUCGCCCAGCAUGUUCGGCGCUUCGCUCAUGACGGUGGUUGCUUGCACAUCAGCCUCAGCGAGAUGAGCUCCGAGCCGUUCGUGCAGGAGAACGCCGAUCAGAUUCUCACGUGGAGCAAAUGCGUCAAGUGUAAGAGCGUGUCGCCGGUGGUGCCGAUGUCGGGCGACACCUGGUGCCUGUCGUUCGCCAAGUAUCUCGAGCUACGCUUCUACGGUGGCGUGUACUCUAAACGCGGCGUGGACGCGUGCCAGCACUCGUUGCACUACGAUCACUAUCAAUAUUUCACGCGCCGCAAUAUGCUGGCCGUCUUCAAGUUCACCAAGAUCUCGCAGUGGGAGAUCUCGCUGCCGCCGCCGCUGAUCAACAUCAUCUACGAUCCGAAGCAGCACGCCAACGUGAUCGAGGAGAUGAAGAGCGUGGCGCUGAAAGGCGACGAGGUGUUCACAGCGAUACGGGAGAAACUCGUGAGCCAGACGGAUCUGGAGAGCUUGAAUCUUGCCAAGCAACAGCUCGCCAAGGAUCAGCAGUACUUUAAAAACAAAAUCGAGGAAGUUCAGCUGAAACUGACGUCGCCGACGUUGGAGAACAAGAAGCUCGAAGGCAAGACAUCCGAGAGACAGGUGCAAACGUUGAUGUUCCGGAUCGAGGACGGCAUUGUGAUCCUCAAACGGCUCAUCUCGGAGGCCGUGUUUACGUGGAAUAACAAACUGUCGGAGAUGUCAGCCAGAAAGAAGGACGAGCGGCCGCGCCGAUUCACCGAGCGAUCCAUGACCGCCGGCAGCAACAGCGUGGUCGACACCGACGGCUACAUCACGGAGGACACCGCGUCGGAGUCGCAGGUUGAGGAUCUGAGCCCGAUGUCGGCCGAUUACAAUGCCGUCGACGCGAUCACGGCGGUGCAGAGCGACUUCCAGGCGUCCGAGCUGGUGGAGAACUCCGACAACGAGCUUCUGGAGUCCACCAACAAUCCCGACGAGAUGCAGGGCUCGCCGAAGAUGCACCAAAGAUCGCAUUCCGACGUUCUGCCGUUGUCGUCCGAUGACUCGCACGAUAAGAAGAAAAAGAAGAAGACGAUCCUGUCGCAGUUGCUGCCAUCCGUCUCCGUGAAUCACACGAUAUCGAAUCCACUGGGGCCUUUGGAGCACUACUUGCUGCCACUCGGAUCGGUGGUGCCCAUAGUGGUCUACGAGUCCGAGCCGUCGUCCAUAAUCGCGUACGCGCUGGACUCGCACGAUUACAAACACGCCUUGCAAGAAUCGCUGCGCACGACCAAAGGGCCGGAUUUCAAUCCGAGUCCGUUGAGCAAGCGCAAGUUUCCCGAGGGUAGGGACAGUUCGCUUGAUCUGGUGCAAUCGGGAGAAUUCAAGCGACCGUCCGUGCUGUCCUUCUUCCGCGGCAACAGCCCUAAUCCGGCCGCCAGCAGUCCCAUCGAGUCCGACAAGAAUGUAUCAAGUGUGGAAUUCAACGGUAGCAGCGGCGCCGUCGGUCCCGAUGUUGACGACGACAAAAAAGCAAUAAAGCAGCAGAAUUACAUCGAGGUGCAGUUCAAUGACGCCACGACCAAUUUCUUCUGCAGGAUAUACUUCGCCGCGCAAUUCGCUGCUCUGCGGGAGAACGUUCUGCCCUGCGGAGAGGACGGUUUCACGAGAAGCCUCAGUCGGAGCGUUCAGUGGGCCGCGAGGGGCGGAAAGAGCGGUAGCGCCUUUUGCAAGAGUAGAGAUGACAGGUUUAUCAUAAAGGAAAUGUCUCGACUCGAGAUGCAGAUCUUUCUCGACUUCGCGCCAAACUAUUUCGCCUACAUGGAGAGGUGUCAGCAAACCAAGCAGCCGACGUUGCUCGGCAAAAUAGUCGGUGUGUACAGGGUGUCGUUUAAAAACAACACGACCAACGCGGCGCUUCGCACCAGUGUGCUAGUGAUGGAGAACUUGUUUUACAAGCGAAUCAUCACCGACAAGUUUGACCUGAAGGGAUCCGUGCGGAAUCGGCUAGUGAAUCCCGACGAUAUGUGUCACGAGGGUGAAUUGGUUUUGCUAGACGAGAAUUUACUGAACAUGAGCUGCGACUCUCCGCUAUAUAUCCGAUCGCACUCCAAGGCAGUGUUAAACGUGGCCAUCGAGCAGGACACCAAGUUUCUAGCCGACAACUCCGUGAUGGACUAUUCGUUAUUAGUAGGUUUGGAACCAAGCUCCGACGAACUUGUUCUUGGUAUAAUAGAUUACAUAAGAACGUUUACAUGGGACAAGAAGCUGGAGACUAUGGUGAAGAAGUCCGGUAUACUGGGUGGUCAGGGCAAAUUGCCGACCAUAAUAUCGCCGGAGGAGUAUCGCGCCAGGUUCAUCGCCGCGAUGCAUCGUUACUUCCUGUCGGUGCCCGACAGGUGGUCGGGACUGGGCAGAGGUGUCGAGAUACCACCGGAAUAAGAUGCGCCGAUUUUUUCCAAAGAUUACACGAUUUUACACAUGCGAUGAAUCACGAUGUACAUACAUUUUUUUACGUCGCGAAAUAUUAAACGCGUUGCACAAACGCUCUGCUAUUAGCAUAAUAUUUUAUACAACGAUAACAUAGUCGAGAAACAACGAUAGAGAAAGUGAUAUCGAUAGCUGUUAGUUUUAAUUUAAAUCUUAACUUAUCGCCACGUUACAUAAGUUAAUAAUAAUUUUCCACGGCUGCUCAUAACUGUGCACACUAUAUCCAUAUGUAUCACGUUAACGCUUAAAUGUACAUAGUAGAUUUCUUUUGUGAUAUAUACUUUAAAAGCAGCUGCUCCCAAGUUCUACAGUACAAAGGUAUGAGUAAAAAACUAGAAGCUAAGAAAAGCACCAUUAUUAAUAUUUUAUUUAAUUCUCCAAAAUUAUGUACACAUGACCAUUACUCGUCUUUAUAAUAGUCAAAUAAACAAUAAUCAUAAUUCAACAUAGUAGAACAAGUUCUCGUUCGAUAGUCUUUUACACUAUCUCAAAUACAGCCUACAGGUUACACAAACGUAAGGAAGGUAUUAAAGCGUGUACCUUAUUGGAAAAAAUACCUCGUCGUAACAUCGUUCUUUCAUUUUUUUCUUAUGUUUAAUAUCCGCUAUUAUUUACAUAAACCCAUUCACAGUGACAAAGCCGUAUGCAACACCUGAAUACUCGAGCUAUUGCAUGUUCGAAAAUGAAAUUUAUCAGAUAAUAAGCUUGAAUUUUAAAUUCUUAUUAUUCCACUGAGACCACUGUUACGGUUACAAAGAAAAAGAUCGCGUAUUGCAUUCUUAACACUUCUAUUGUAUGUAGAAGGAAAUAAAGAAUUCUGUGUACAUUAUCAUUUUACGUUAAACUAGAAAGAGAUUUCUAAGAGGCUGUGAAAAAUUUAAAUUUGCUGCUACAUAGAAUAAAUCGGGUCUCAAUGAGAACAAGCGCGUCCUGUUUGCAUCGUUCCACCGUCUGUCGUAAGAAAUAUAACGAAAGAUACAGAGAGAUUGAUAUAUUU